AUGGGAAGACCAACAGGAUCUGAAGACAACAAAAUCAUUGGGCUGUUCUUUGCAAAGACGGUUUUGAAGGAAAAUCCCAAAGACGCAUCUAAAUCCGUAGCAAGAUCCGGAUUCUGCUCGGUCUUUGCUGCAUUAGCGCGAUGCUGUCCAUCGGCAGUUCGGAAUGAAGAUCCCUUUGUGGGGAGAUAUGGGUUGACCGAGAUGGAAUACAACAAGCUGCUCGAGAGACAUGGGUUCAGAAAAGUUCGAGCCCGCAAGUCCAUCUUCAAGCAGAAGCAAGUCGCUGAGAAAUUCCCGACAGUGCGUUAUUUGUUUGCCGGAUGCUGUUGGAAGAACCCAAGAAACGAGGAGGACAAGAAAGAGUUGGAGAACGGAUGGCAGCUGCUUGCAGCUUCGUCUGUGCCAUUCAAAGCACAGUGCUCUCUUGGAAAGUUUCUCUCUCUUUGCCAAGAGUUUCAUGAUGAGUGGGAUGCUUUCAACACUGGCUUUCUUUCUUGCCGCAGCGAUGUGCCCUCGCCUAUGCAAAGUGCUGUAGUGGACAGCGAUUCAGAUACCGAAGGUGAACGACCGACCAAGAGACUUUGUUCCAGGCAUGUACGGGAGGAGCUCGCAUGCAGCGACUGCGGACAUGAGGAGAGCAUUGCGGAGUUUGCGAUGACUUGCGAGCUGCCGAUGGAGAUGCAGCACCCUGUCGAUGUUUUUGAUUGCACCGGCAUCAAUGCGCAGGACCCGCUCUUCGAUCAGGACUCAGCACCCGUCAACCCCACGCAAGACAUGCAUGGCUUCUGCUUGGAAGAUUCUGUUGAUAGGCCCCACCUAGACAAGCCCCCUGGCGGCCGCAAACUUUGCCCGGCCAGUGAGGCUUCGGAGCCCGAGGCCGCGGCUUCAACUUGGCUUCCAAGUCUUGGCUUCCAAGUUGACGCCGCAGUGACGGUCGGAGCUGCCAUGAUUCAAGGACGAUCCUGCUGUUUGACUCUCCCUGAUCCAGGCAUGUUUGAAGUGCUCGCGGCAAGAAGCUUGGGCAGCGUUGGGGCUGUGAACGUCAUGUAUCCAGAGCCUUACUUCCUGUCGGAGAAGUCUCAUCGACGGGAGGGAGUGACAAAAUCUUCUUGCAACAACGUCACCGACAUGGUCGGCAAAGGCUGUAUGGUCCCAUCGGGAUAUGCCUACGGCAUUGGAACCAACCGCCAAACGUUCGGUGGCGAUUACGGUCCCGAGACCUACAAUGUUGGUGACAUCUGGGGCGGACGACAGGAGUGA